AUGUCGUCGCUGGGGGUUUGGGAUAGCGAAGACGUUAAGCAGUCCAGGGUCCGGAAUCGCGACUUCCCUGGCGGCCCUUACAUUCGAGGGACCCUCCUAGGCCAAGGCGGCUUCGCCUGCGUUUACAAGGUUCUUCGACAACGCGAUGGAGGCGUGUUUGCUGGCAAGACCUCUCCUAAUGCAGUGAAUAACCUCCGCAGGGAGGCUUCCGUGCUCCGAAAUCUGAACCACGAACACAUCGUCAAGUACAUUGACUAUUACGAGGACGCAGACUAUCCCUCCGCAAAUGUCCUCGUGCUGGAGCUCUGCCCACAUGGCAACCUGCAAACACUCAUCAACGACUACACAUAUGGCGUGCCACAGAAGAAGACGCUGGAAGUGAUGCUUCAACUCUCACGGGCUCUUCGAUACCUCCACGGACAGGGUCGCUACCACGGGGACUUUAAACCACGAAAUGUCCUAGUUCGGUCGUGGGAUCCUGUCAAUGUGGCCAUGGCCGACUGCGCAGAUGUCAAGCGAGUCAUCAACAUCAACAGCCGCGACAAGCCACACGGGACAAAGUCGUACUGGUCGCCGUACGUCUUUCGUCACAACCGACACGCCGGGACGAGCGACGAUAUCUGGGCCCUGGGCGUCUCACUGCUCGCCAUAAUGUCGCAGUCUCCCAGAUUUGUCAAGAAGGAGGAGCGCAUGUAUCCCCGACAGUGUCACACACACGCCCAGAACCUGCUGGAGCUGAACCCGGAUCACGACAUUGUCCGGCUUGCGAGCCGCAUGCUGGACUGGAAUACCAAGGCUCGAGUGACGGCGGCUGAGCUUGUCGAGGUCAUCCCUGACAUGCUCAGCAAGGUCGAACGACAAGAAUAUGAAACAGGGAUGGCGAAGAGGAUGGAACUCAAGAUUCCAGAAGGCUUUGAGCCUAUCGUUUUCUGGUAG